GCGGGCGCGCGCAAUUUGGACGGCUCGAGGCGGCCGAGGGCUUAUCCGUGUUGUGGUGGCGCGUUCAGCCGCUGAGUGACAGGGAAGGAGCGCGGGACCAGAUCAGGCCUGGACAGUUGACGGUUGAGGCAGGGCGAGGGGGAAGCUCGUAGUAAUAAGAUGUCAAAGAAAAAACCAAGACAAGAAUCAAGAAAGAAACCAAGAGGAUGUAAAACCAAGUUGCAAACUCGUGAUAAACGGCUUCCUCCCGGAGUGCCAGAUGUAUCAAGAAUUUUGAAAGUUCCUGGGAGUGAACUAGGAGAAGAGUGUGAUGAGAUGUUUGAUGCACCCUUGCAUAGUACAGCUAUGUCAAUUUAUGAAGAUGAAAAAGCCCAAAAUUUAGAACAUAAUGAAUCCAUCAGUAAUUCAUCUGAUAACAGUGAACCCGAUGCUCCUGUGACCAUCAGCAGGGCAAAAAACCGAGGUCAUGCACAGAAAAGCAAAAAUCAGCUUGCUGUAAAAUCAAGGCGAGUGAUAAAAGAUGAUUCUGAAUCAGAACCUGAGGAAGAUGAUAUGAUGCCUAAUUUGAUUGUUAAAUCCUUUGUGCAGCAAGAGGAGGGAUGCUUACCAGAAAAGGAAGGAUGUUCACCAGAAAAGGAGAUAGAAAACAUCACAGAUCCAGCUGGUGAUCUCACAGUAAAGAUUUGGCACCCCAAAAGGCGUUCCAGACAUGUCACAGAACUGGAUGUUAUUCUGGAUGAGUUUGAGAAAAUAACAGAUCAAUACAAACAGGGAGUGGAGAUGAAAAUAUGCAGGAAAGCUAUUGAUAGCUUUUAUAUUGGUUUCCGAGACCAACUCAUCAAUUCUAGCAUUGAAGCUGAGGAACUGAGGAAAACAAAGUUGAAAAGUGUAAAGAUGGCUGGAAAGCUAAAUAAGAAAAGGCUUCAUUUGAUAGAAGUUAAAGAAGAGCUCAUUAGAAAUGAACCUCAGCUGAAGAAAUUACGAAGAGAAAGCACUGAACUAAAAGAGAAAAUAUCCUCUCUCAGAAAUGCAAGACAGUUGCUAAAAAAAUUAAAGGACCUGCAGGAGGAAUAUGGCUGUCACCAGAAGAAAAAUCCACAGGAAAAAGUAGCAUAUGGAGUUCACAGCCUUCCUGCCCUCCUGGUGGAAUCGCGAAGGAUUUUGGGAGCUGAAAGUCACUUUCGAAAUAUAAAUUCAAAAUUACAACAAAUGUUGGAUUCACAGAAGUAGACAAAAACAAAGUACAAACAUUACUUUUAAAUAUUGAAGCCGAGUAAUAGCAAUAGACCUUGAUAGAGCUGCAGAACGCCAGAAAACUGGCUCACUCUGCUUUUCUGGCACACAAGCUUGGCACAAACUGCUUCAGCUAUCUAAUCUUUUCUGAAUACAUCCUUAGGAAGGCAUAUUAUGCUAAGAAAAUAAAAUGAAUUCUGUCACUUAAUUUGGCACAUUAGUGAUAGUGGGUCAGAUCAUACGCUGAAAAAUUCUUAUUGCUUUCAAGGUUUCCUUGGUGGGCUUGAGAAAGACAGAAGGCGGGUUAUAUAAAUAUUCUCCUAUUCUCUCUGUAGAUAUUUACUACUAAUAAAAUUUUGUAUCAAAUAUUUGUAAAAAAAUUUAUUUGUGAAAAAUGCAGAUAACAGUGUACAUAAGAAAGGUCGUAAUGCAUUCUAGCUAAAAUGAUAAAGACAAUACUAUCUCAUUGAA